AUGGAUCAAAACAACUGGUUAAACGUUGAAGAAGUCACUGCCUUAUUCGAUGAAGUCGACUUUGUGGAGGCUGAUGUUUUUAUUCAACCGCCUGAAAACCCUCUAUUGAGUGAUGAGGAUAGCGGUGACGAUGGCGACACCGACUUCACUCACUUCACAGGAAAUCAACUGCGUGGAGCCGCAGAGUUAAAGGCAAAACAGUUCACAAAUGAUGGUAUUGUACAAGUAGAUAGUACUAAUAUUUAUGCCUUGCAAAGUGGUAAUGAAUCUUUUAAUGUUUCAAUAGAAGAAAUGCGCAUAUUCAUGGCAAUAUUGUUUCUGAGUGGAUAUUGUAUUGUACCACGGAAGAGGAUGUACUGGGAAUUAUCUCCGGACACUCAUCAUGACACUGUGUCAAAAGCUAUGAGCAGAAACAAGUUUGAAGAGAUUCUUCGAUAUUUUCAUGUCUGUGAUAAUGCAAAUUUAGAUGUCUCAGAUAAAUUUGCCAAAAUACGUCCUUUGUGGAAUAUGUUGAAUGAACGAUGGCUUCAAGCUUACCCUGGCGAUGCAAAUAUAAGCAUCGACGAAUCAAUGGUUCCAUACUUUGGACGACAUGGUGCUAAACAGCAUAUACACGGGAAACCUAUACGGUUUGGGUACAAAGUUUGGUGUGUAUGUACCCGCCUGGGGUAUUUGAUUCAGGCUGAACCAUACCAAGGUAAGAAAACAGGUAACACCAUCCCUGAAAUUGGAGUGGGUGGUUCAGUUGUAAUAGAUAUCCUUAGUGAGCUGCCUCAAAACAAGACAUACAGUAUUUAUAUGGAUAACUUUUUUACCUCUUUAAAACUACUAGAUUAUUUGUCAGAAAAGGGGCACGAUGCUACAGGCACAAUAAAGGCUAACCGAGUUGAAAAUGCCCCACUCAAGGAAGCAACUGUUUUGAAAAAGGAAUCACGAGGUUCAUACGAUCAACUUACUGAACAAAAAACAGGUAUCACCUUGGUAAGGUAUAAUGACAACAAUGUUGUAACUGUUGCUUCAACAAGAUGUGGCGUACAGCCCAUGGGUAAGGCCAAGAGAUGGUGUCGUGUGGCAAAGCGUCAAGUUGAUGUUCAACAGCCUGCCUGUAUCAUAAAUUACAACACUUACAUGGGUGGGGUUGAUCAACUUGACCAGAAUAUAUCAACCUAUAGAAUUGGCAUUAGAAAUCGGAAAUGGUAUUGGGCACUUCUAGCGUACCUUUUAAAUGCUACAAUGAAUAAUGCUUGGCAAUUAUACAGGCUCACUGAGCCGACAUACUUCCAGAAAUAUACCCCACAACGUCAGAGAGCUUCCCGUGUGUCUGUCACUGGAAAAGAACGGGUUGAAGAAAGUGUGCGGCUUUCCAACAGUCUUCAUGUCCUGGAAACUAACCCGACACAAAUACGAUGUGGCCUCUGUAGAAAGAACACAUGGAAAAAGUUCGAGUAUCUGCGAAACAUUAAGAAGUGCCGAGACGAUAAGAAGAAGAUAUUUUACCUGGAUGAGACGUGGAUUGACUCUAACUUAACGUUUCAAAGGUGUUGGCAAAGUCUUGAAGUGGAUGGAGUAUUGCCGGACAUGAACGCAGCAAACCGCGUGAUCGUUCUGGACAUAGGAUCUCAGGAUGGCUUUUUGAAAGGUGGUCGUCUCAUCUACAAAGCUAACUGUUCCACGGGAGAGUACCAUGGACAGAUGAAUGGUGUGAUCACGUGCAGCACAUUGAACAGGAAGGAGUACUGGGAGAAGGACGGCAUCACGGAAGACGCAAUAGAUGAGUUCGUCAUACGACUAGGCGAAGAUGACGAUGAUAGUUCCAGCUCUGACAGUUCGGAUGACCCUAGUGACCCUGAGUCUGAUGAAAAAUUAGCAGUACCAUUGCCGAUGGACACUAAUACAAGCACAGAGAACAAAAUGUUUUCUAAAUGA